UUUGUUGGAAUGACCAUAGCAUUGGCUACUGUCUACUACAUACAUAAAGGUUUGCGUCUCAAAUGGCACACUAUUCCUAUAUACUACACUACUUUUGAACAGAGAUUUAUGGGUCUUAAUCAAAUUAGCAGCCUAUAAGGAAUAGGGUGCCAUUUUGUUAUUUAAAAUAUUGUAAGGUUUCGGGAAAGUAAAUUAGAACCCAUUCUUCAGUUCCCUGUGUUAACACUGGGUCAUUGUCCAGCAGCUGUUUGCAGACUGGAAGAAGACCAGGCCAAAUCCUCAAACUGCGCCAUAUGACUACGGUUAAUGCUAUCAGUUGUGCGUUAUUUCCAUGGCACUUUGGUAAACUUUGACAGAUUCUGCAUGUGAGUUUAUUUACACUAGAUGGGGGUGUUGCAAAGUCAAUGGGAGCUACCCAGAUAUCAAUGUUGCUUUUGUGAACAUUUCAUAAUUAUUCUAUAUUUGGCCUAUACCUAUACUUUUUUCAUAAACUUGAGUAUCCAUUUACCACGUGCCAAGUCUUACUUUUCCCAAUUACAUUUUUUUUCAUUACUAUUCAUGUUCCUACUUUCAGGUUCUGCGCUCUCGCUUUGUCUCAAGCGUCUCUUAUUUCUACGCGCUCCGGUGUAGGGACGGCCCUUGUCUGUGGAAUGACUGAACCAGCAGACGGUAGCGGUAGGAUGGCUGUGGUUGAAACGGGCUGACCGGGCACGCUUUGUUACAGAAGACGGGACUGAGCUGUCGGUUUACUAAAGAAGACUACUAGAUAUUGGAUAAUUAAACUCGGGCCAGGAUGUCUUCAAUACGGGAGGAUUAUAUGGCACCUUGGUGGACAUAUUGGCUACACAAUUUCCCUCAUGUCAACUUGAACUUUCAGCCCAUCGACAACACGUUCACCCCCCAGGAUCAGAACUACCAGCAGUCAUUAAUCUUCCUGGCCUGUAUGGUGGCUGCAGGGCUGGGCCUGAACCUGCUCUGCCUGGCCAUUUACCUGAGCUGCCUGUGCUGCUGUCGGAAAGACGACGAGGAGGAGGAGAGCAAGAGCCCCAACUCCUGCUGUGUCACCUGGUCCGCCGUCAUCGCCGGACUCCUCAGCUGCGCUGCUGUGGGAGUGGGUUUCUAUGGCAACAGCGAGACCAACGAUGGGGUGUACCAGCUGACGUACUCCCUGUACAACACCAAUCAUACCCUGGGAGGGGUCGACAGCCUGGUGACGGGCACCAUGGGUAGCAUGGAGAGUGGUCUGAAGCAGCACCUGGCGAGGCUGGAUGAGAUCUUCGCUACGCGGGGAGACUACGUACAGACCCUACGCUUCAUGCAGCAGAUGGCUGACAACGUCAUCAAACAGUUGUUGGGCCUGCCUGACUGGGACAUGACUAAAGUAGACCUGGCCGCUAUCGCAGACCAGACCACAUACAUAGAGUACUACAGGUGGCUCACCUACCUGCUGCUACUGAUUCUAGAUCUGGUGAUCUGUCUGGCGGCUUGCCUGGGCCUAGCCAAACAGUCUCGCUGGCUGCUGACAACUAUGAUGGUGUUUGGGGUGCUGACAUUGAUCCUGAGCUGGGCGUCUCUGGGAGCUGACCUGGCCUCUGCUGUGAGCACCAGUGACUUCUGUGUGACCCCAGACAAGUUCAUCAUGAACCAGACCAAGGACCUAAUCAGUUCUGAGAUAGUGCAUUACUACCUGUACUGCAGCCAGGCCCUCCCCAACCCAUUCCAGCAGUCUCUGACCAUCUUCCAGAGGUCUCUGACCACCAUGCAGAUGCAGAUACAGGGCCUGCUGCAGUUCGCUGUGCCUCUCUUCCCAACCGCCGAGAGAGACCUACUGGGCAUUCAGCACCUACUCAACUCAUCAGAGGCUAGCCUCCACCAGCUAACUGCCCUACUGGACUGUAGAGGACUCAACAAGGACUACCUGGAUGCCCUGAUCGGUGUGUGUUAUGAUGGGGUAGAGGGCCUGCUCUACCUCUGCCUCUUCUCCAUCCUGGCAAUUUGUGCCUUCUGUGCCAUGCUGUGUGCCAUCCCCCGGGCAUGGACACAUAUCACCAGCAGGGAGCGUGAUUAUGACGAUAUAGACGAGGGUGACCCGUUUAACCCUCAGGCCAGACGCAUGACGACCCACGACUCCAACCCUGCCACCAACAUGCACAGAUUCUGCAGCUACAGCAGCAGUGUGGGCAGCCAGAGCAGCCUUCACCCGCCUGCCGCCCAUGCUGCCCAGACUGUGUCCAACGCACCCGUCUCAGAGUACAUGAACCAGUCAGUGUUGUUCGGGGGAAACCCGCGGUACGAGAACGUUCCUCUGAUCGGGAGAGGCUCUCCGCCCCCCUCGUACUCCCCCAGCAUGAGGGCUACAUACCUGUCCAUGACUGAGGACCAGAUCAGACACUUUGGGAAUGAUUUCCAGGCAUAGAGCUGCUCCUCCCUCCCUCCUCCUCUUUAAUCUCUGCCAUCACCAAGAGGGUUCUCAAACAGGCAAACACACAUACACGCACAACUACUCCAGCAGUGUGUGACUUUGUGGCUGCUACACGGACCCACUUCUCGUCCAACUCACUGGACUGGACCAAGGCCUGAUAUGAGGAAAGGUGUGACACACACAGUUGUCCCAUCCCAAACCCCAGAGCCCAGUGUGUAUGUCUUAGUCACCAUGACUCCAGCCCAUAGAAUUAGAAUGAUUCUAUUAUGUGAUUCUAUUCAAUCUAUUUCAGUUCUCUCUUGCUGUCUCCAGAGAAUGCAGCAAUGUAAAGCCCUACUAUUCCACUUCCACAUUGCAUGUUGUGUCCACUGUCUGAAGGUGUAGUCAAAAUAAAUUCUGCCGAAGUUCUCUUGGAAAUAACACUGAACUUUUCUAAUAGCUUUAGAUUGAAAUAUUUCAGUUUGUCUGCAGCAUUUGUUUUAGGCAAGACCUUUGAAAAUGUAAGAUAGAGAAAUGAUAUAUAUUUUUUAUUUUCAUUUCAUUUGACCUAUAACAUCAAACUUACAACAUGUCCUUAGGCCACCAAUUCAGUAUGUGAGUCCUCAUAUUUCCCAGCUCUUUGUGUAGUAGUAGUGUUGAAAAAUUUUUUUUUAAAUGGAAAUUGUCAUAAUAAUGAUUUCUUUUAAAAACGCUAGCUUGAUUCAUUCACUCUGACGAGACAAUAGUAACUUUUACAGGAAAUUGCUUUUAUAAUGAUCUAUUGUUCAGAUCCUAAUGAUAUGAUUAGUCUAUUUUGAAAUUAAACUUCUUCUAAAACAUAUGUUAAGAAUGGAAGCAUGUUUUUGUGCCUAUAACCACUCCCUAUUCACCUAAACAGAUGUUCUAUAAUAGCUACUGUAGGUCUAUGACUGUUAACUCAAAAGGAGGGACCAUACUAUGACUGUUGAUACCUGAUACUCCAACCAUUUGUAUUUGAUGAAAUUGGCCAAGAACAAGUACAUCAGAAAUGACAUUCACACUCUUAGAACUGGAAAGUGUCUACUGUCAAAGGGUCCUCCUUUUGCCUCCACGGCUACAAACGACACAUACUGUAUAUGCCAUAAUAGUACUUAUAUGUUUCCACAUACACCUCAGACCUAAACCUUGUGAAGCACAAACCUAACCCUGACUGUAUGGUAGGGCCUGGGAUAGUGGCCCUACACUAUGCCCUCCCUACACUAUGCCCUCCCUACACUAUGCCCUCCCUACACUAUGCCCUCCCUACACUAUGCCCUCCCUACAAUAUGCCCUCUCUACACUAUGCCCUCCCUACACUAUGCCCUCCCUACACUAUGCCCUCUCUACACUAUGCCCUCUCUACACUAUGCCCUCCCUACACUAUGCCCUCCCUACACUAUGCCCUCUCUACACUAUGCCCUCUCUACACUAUGCCCUCCCUACACUAUGCCCUCCCUACACUAUGCCUUCCCAACAUUUGGGGCGGCAGGGUAGCCUAAGAGUGUUGGACUAGUAACUGAAAGGUUGCAAGUUCAAACCCCCGAGCUGACAUGGUACAAAUCUGUCGUUCUGCCUCUGAACCGGCCAGUUAACCCACUGUUCCUAGGCCGUCAUUGAAAAUAAGAAUAAGAACACUAUGCCCUCCCAACACUAUACAUACAUAUACCCCUCUGUGUUGCAUGCUCUUCUCCAUUCAGAAAGUCCUGCACAGUGUCUGACACAUGAUUUUAUGUUUUGAGCCAUCAUUUGAACAGACUAAGACAUGUUACAAAUAUUGUUUGUUCACAUACAGCAACUGAAGCACAUAUAUACUGUAGUGUCUGUUUCAGAACAACUUGACUUCUGUAUAUAAAUUAUAUGAUAACAGAUUGUCUUAUUUUGGACUACCGGUAUUCAUAUUUUCUUUUAUGGUUGUCCCAAUGUGCCAUGGGUUGUGUUUUAAACCAAUAAAGCCCUUGGGAGCGAGUUGCUCUGCCACAAUAUCAGAUAUUUUUUCAGAGGCCAUUGUUAUAUGAUGGCAUUCAGUUGUAUGUAUAUUGUAAUAAUAACAUAUAAACUUGAGUUUUGGUCAUGACUUGGAAAUUGCUGGAAACUAUCAUGGAGGGAGAAAUUGUGUUCAGAUAUCAGUUUUAAACUGAUCAAUGAUAAUUGUCUUCCAUUUUGAGAAACAUAGUCGUACUCUUAAUGAACAUUCUGUUUUCAUCUAUUGUCAGUUCAUGUUUAAUUCUGUAGGGUUUUGUUAUGUUAUUUUAUGUUGAUUUAUUUUUCAGUUUGAGUCCAUGUGAAGUAGCACUGUCUUCAACCAUUGAGAGUGGUGAUUGAUUUCUAUGUAUCCUCAGAGAUGGGGUGUAAUUGUAAGUUAAUAAAAUACUUUUGUGUAGCUAGUA